CCGAACGUUGACCUCAGCUGCCGGAUGGCAGACGCGCAUGCGCGUCGUGACGUCACGAAGUUUCGAUAAAGGCUUCUGCGCUGCCUUCACGAUAAUUCUUGGCUGUUACUUUUCCUUCCAGGAGAACUGAGCUAUGUCGCUGCGCGAAUGACAAUCCGCGCGGGACAGAGACACGUUUCACGCCGACAAAGCCCGCGAAGACCCGCCUCCAUGGAGGUCAUGGACAGCCCGCUCAACCUCGCUCAUCAACAGUCCAGGAAAGCGGAGCGUUUGGUGGCUGCUGGGAAAUACGAGGAAGCCAUCUGCUGUCACAGAAGAGCAGCAGAUCUUCUCACUGAUGCUAUGAAGACAACAGAGUCCAUCCAGGUGAGAGAAAAUGACAACCCCCUCCCCUUCCUUCCUUUGGCCUCAGAGUCUUUGCUCUGUGAGGAGGCUCGUCUGUCCAUGGAGCUGCAGAGGGACAGUCACAUCAAGCAGCAGCAGCUCAUCCAGGAGCGCUGGAAGAGGGAGCUCCGCCGCCAGGCCUCAAAGGCCAGACCGGGCCUCGCCGCUCAUCUCCAGGGCGGGCCGGCGCCUCUCACCAAAAGUCCGCUCUCAGGUCAGCCGCAGGCUCACGGUCUCUCCCAGGAGAACGGAGAAACCAGGGAGAGGGAAUACGACACCUUACUGUAUCAGCUGCAGGUCCGGCAGACGGGCAGCAGCCAGACUCCCACUCCUUCCUGCGCUGGAUCUAAAACCACCAAAGACGACAAGACCCGCCUGGAAGAACAGCAGACCACCAUCAAGGACCUUCGGCGCCUGGUCGACCACCUGCUGAACGAAAACCAGCGGCUCACGGCCGACAACGAGCGUCUGCGCUCGGAAAAUGUGCGGCUGCAGUCGGAGGCGGCAGAUUUUGUGGAGCGCUCGGAGCUCUGGGUGCUCCCACAACCAGGGGGCGCUAUGGGGGGCGGAGCCGACAGGAAGAUCCCAGGGAAGAGCAAGGAGAUCACGGUCCCCCAGCUGCCGCCGCUGGAGAUGCCGGCUCAGGAAGACCUGUGUCUGGACGACCUGCCUCCCCUGGAGCUGCCGGAGGACAUCCAGCACGAACUGCAGGAGCUGCUGGACAAACCGUGAUGCCGGCUCGCCGCCAGACUCAUCGCAGAGUUCAGACAUCCUGUUUGACAGCCAGACUCUGACCGAUGAGGCUUCCGCUCAGGUCCUUCCUCCCCCGGGUCCAGCAGAUGGAAACGUCUCCUUGGAGGGUUCGGGUGUCUCAGGGGGUCGGACCUCUGAGGACAGCAGAGCUGCUCCUUGGUGUUUCGUGUCUGACACUGUCGCUCGUCUGAACGCCGUAUUUGCAAACCCCACGGCGUCUGAAGCUCCUCGGAGGCUCCUUCCUUCCCCAGAGAGCGGCGAGACGUUUCACCCGUUACUGUUUACCUUUGACUGAACGGUAGAUGUGGCGCCGGAGACCCGAGGGCUCCUCAGGUCACUGACCGGCCUGACCCUGCAGCCUCCCAGCAUCCUCAGGGUCAGAGCCUGGACUCCCUUACUUUAUGAUGCAUGUUGGUAGAUCAUGAAUGGCUGUUUUCUGACUGAACUGUGAUCAGGACCGUGAUUGAAAAUAAAGAUCGAUUUCAA